CAGCUGGCUUAUUUGUGGAUGGAAAGACAAAAAUCGGGUGGAAAUUAUAGCCGACACAGAGCUCAGACAGAGAAACAUGUUGUUUUGUGUGUCAGUUCUCUUAAGAUUGACCUGCUUAUGGAUUUUCUAAAUGAAUUCUAUGCUCAUCCUAGACUCCAGGACUACUAUGUGGUUAUAUUGUGUCCCACUGAGAUGGAUGUUCAGGUUCGGAGAGUGCUUCAAAUUCCCAUGUGGUCCCAAAGGGUCAUCUACUUGCAAGGUUCAGCACUGAAGGAUCAAGAUCUCCUGAGAGCAAAAAUGGAUAAUGCGGAGGCCUGUUUUAUUUUAAGCAGCCGUUGUGAAGUGGACAGAACUGCAGCGGACCAUCAAACCAUUUUAAGAGCUUGGGCACUUAAAGAUUUUGCUCCAAAUUGUCCAUUGUACGUUCAGAUACUGAAGCCUGAAAAUAAGUUUCAUAUUAAAUUUGCAGAUCAUGUUGUAUGUGAAGAGGAAUUCAAAUAUGCAAUGUUGGCUUUGAACUGUAUUUGCCCAGCUACAUCAACACUUAUCACUUUAUUGGUUCAUACUUCAAGAGGGCAAGAGGGCCAACAGUCACCAGAACAGUGGCAGAAAAUGUAUGGGAGAUGCUCAGGGAAUGAAGUAUAUCACAUUAACUUGGAGGAGAGUGUGUUUUUUGCUGAAUAUGAAGGAAAAAGUUUUACAUACGCAUCUUUCCAUGCACACAAAAAGUUUGGUGUUUGUUUAAUCGGUGUUAGGAGGGAAGAUAACAAAAAUAUUUUGCUGAACCCAGGUCCCCGGUAUAUUAUGAGCUCUUCAGACAUAUGUUUUUAUAUUAACAUCACAAAAGAAGAAAAUUCUGCUUUUAAGAAACAAGAGCAGCAUCGGAAAAACCACCCAACAAGAUUGUUUUAUCAUGGUCCUACUCGACUGCCAGUGCACAGCAUAAUUGCUAGCAUGGGUACCGUUGCUAUAGAUUUGCAAGAUACAGGCUGUAGAUCUCCAAAUGCAGCUACAUUAACUCUUCCUUCAGAAGCACCUAAAACGGGCAGAAGGCCAAGCAUUGCACCCGUUCUGGAGGUUGCAGACACUUCAGCGCUUCACAGCUGUGAUCCCUUAAGUGAUCAGUCCGAAGACGAAGCCACACCCUCCGAGGAAGAAGUGUUGAAUGGUCUGGAGUAUUUAAAAGGCUAUCCCCCCUAUUCACCUUACAUAGGAAGCUCUCCUACUUUCUGCCAUUUGCUCCAUGAAAAAGUGCCAUUUUGCUGCCUGAGAUUAGAUAAGGGAUGCCAACAUAAUUACUAUGAGGAUGCCAAAGCUUAUGGAUUCAAAAACAGAAUCAUUAUAGUUGCUGCAGAAACGGCAGGAAAUGGACUCUACAACUUUAUUGUACCUCUCAGGGCUUAUUACAGACCAAAGAAAGAACUCAACCCAAUUGUGUUGCUGCUGGAUAAUCCGUAA